AUGGAGGAAGUAGAGCUCGGCAGCGUUAAUAACGAGUCUGGGCUGGUUAUGAAGGAGGGAGGGUAUGCGGACAAAACGACGCAACAGCGGCGGAGGAAACUAGCGACAACCUUUGGAACGCAAGUUGACGCUAUCAUGCGGAGAAAUCUCGCUUACCAGAAGCGCAAUUGGGGCAGCAACCUGUGUCUGGUGAGCCUGCCGGCCUUCAUGUGCCUCUUCCUCUUCCUCAUCCAACUCCUCAUCGCCAACGUUCUCAACGCGCGCUUCAAGUGCGGCUGCGGCUGCCCCACUGAGUUCAAGAACCCCGACGGGUCCUGUCAGCCCGGAAAAAAAGUCUGCGGCCCACAGUACACCGACAAGCUCGGGCAGAUUGCUUUUUGCGAGUUCCCACACCCGCCAGCCUGGCCGGCGUUUCUGCAGGUGCCGGAGGAGAAAUUCCGGGCGGCGGACUGGGGGUCGGGCGGCGGCCUGCCGCCCAGCAGCUGCCGGGUGAAGCCGGCGAAUUUCUCGAUUGAUGAGUCGACGAGCAUGGAGGGCAACGGGACAUACCCGUGCUUUAACUCGGUCUUAUACACGGGACAGAACCGGCGGAUUGCUGACAGCAUUGGCUCCAAGCUCAUCCCAGACGUGCCUCUCUUUUCCCUCCAAACCGCCAAGAAGAAGCAGAGCGUCAUGCUCUACCUCACCGACCCUCCCUUCAACCAAACCUCGCCGCCAGCCUCAGCAGCGCCAGGCUUGGGACCCCCCCCGCCCGCCACAGCAGCAGCCGCAGGUCCGGCAGCGAGGAGAGGCCUGAGGAGGGUCGAAGAGGUGCUUCCAGCAAACGUGGUGCGGCGAGUGAUUCAAGAAGCAAGCAAAUGGGAAACCGCCACGCGCACGGGUUGCGGUGCCUCUGUCAAUCCCGCCCGUAACCCCCAUCGGGCACUGCAAGCCAGCGGUAACCCCCAUCGGGCACUGCAAGCCAACGAUAACUGGGAGACUGACGCAGGCUCGGGCGGUGGCAGCUUCGGCAGCGGCGGUAGCAGCGGCGGGGGGGGGAGCGGCGCGCUGGGGGGCAUGGCGGGCGGGUUCGGCAACAUGACCAGCGCAACCGGGCCAAACGCGACGAAUUUCGGCGUGUUCAAUUACACAAACACCUCCUACAUGAUCCCAGCGAUCACCUACGACAUGGCGUAUGUCCCCCCCGGGUCCAGCACCCUGCGCGGGUGGUCGCUGUACACAGAGGAGGCGCUGGUGGGGUCGGCAACGACGGGGAAAGCGAGGAAUGUGACGAUUUACCUGAUUCAGCCCAGCUGCGCCAAGUACAGCCUCCUGCCUCAGAGCUCCAACAUCACGUUUUCCGGCUUCAAUAUGACCAUCCGCAUUGAGUGUCUGGUAACGCUCUCCCUAUGGCGCCCCAACACGACUAACAUAAACGAUGAUCUCUACAAGGGGUACUACCAGGGCAACCCCUCCAACCUCCCCAACCAGUACAUGUCCGCCUACGACUUUCAAAACUCCUCCUCCUCGCUCUUCCGCACCCAGAUCUGGUACAACGCCUCCUUCUCCCGCGCCUUCGCCCUCGGCGGCUCCUCCGCGCUCAUCCGCUUCCCCCGCUCCAUGAACCUCGCCGCAAACGCGUUUGUAAAAGCGCUGCUCAACCCGAACGCCACGAUUCCUCUCCUGUACCUGAAGGAUUUCCCCCGGCCGCAGGAUUCGGUGGGGUUGGAUUCCGCGACGCUGCUUGGACCGCUGUUUUACCUGUGGAUGCUGCAGCUCCUGUACCCCGUGUUCACGUCGAGCCUGGUGUAUGAGAAGGAGAAGAACCUGAGGAUGAUGAUGCGCAUGCAUGGGCUCAAGGACGGGCCCUACUGGCUCAUCUCCUACUCGUACUUCACCAUCAUUUCCGUCAUCUUCAUCGCCGUCUUCCUUAUCGCCGGCUUCAUCGUCCAGCUAAAGAUGUUCACGGCCAAUCCGGUCGGGCUGCAGCUGCUAGCCUACGGCGUGUUCAUCUUCAUGCAAAUGUCCUUCUCCGUCCUCACCUCCACUGCUUUCAACAACUCCAAAGUGGCCACGGUCGUCUGCUACUUCUACGUGUUUGGCUCAGGGCUCAUGGCUAAUUUCCUCUUCCGCCUCUUUCUCGACUCUGAGAGCGCCUCAACCGGGGUGUUGAUCGCCCUGCAGCUCAUCCCGGCCUUCUCCAUCUACCACUGCCUCUACGAGUUCGCCUCGUCAGCAUACGACGCGGCCGUGAUGAAUGGAACCGGCACGCUGACGUGGCAGACGGCCCAAAACGCGGGAUUCUUCACAGCAGUCCUCAUCCUCGCUAUAGAGGCGCUCGUUUUCCUGCUAGUGGGGCUGUAUUUGGACCAGGUGGUGGCGGUGGGUAGCGGCGUGCGGAAGCAUCCCCUGUUGGGGCUGCAGAAGCUGUUUAAGAAAGGCAAGAGGCAGGACGCGAGGAGGAGCAGUUCCAUGGAGGAGGGAGCGGGCGACGAGGAUAAACCUGAUGUCAUGGAAGAGCGAGCGCUGGUGGACUCUCUGUUGCAUUCCGACUCGGAGCAGCCGCCGUCCUCGCCGCACUACUCCAUCAUCUGCGACCGUCUCAGGAAGGUCUACCCCGGCCGCGACGGCAACAAGCAGAAGGUGGCUGUGCGGGACCUCUCAGUCGCCGUGGCGAGAGGGGAGUGCUUCGGCAUGCUGGGGCCGAACGGGGCGGGCAAGACGACGACGCUGAGCAUGAUGAUGGGGUUCCUGCAGGCUAGCGAGGGAGCUGCGAUCAUUGAAGGCAUGGGGAUUGUGGAUGACAUGGACGCGAUUUACUCCAUCAUGGGCGUGUGCCCACAGCACGACCUGCUAUGGGAGCAGCUGACGGGCAGGGAGCAUCUGCUCUUCUACGGGCGCCUCAAGAACCUGCGGGGGCAGGAGCUGAAAGACGCAGUGGACAAGUCCCUCAAGAGCGUGAACCUGCUGGCAGGGGGUGUGGGAGACAAGGUGUCGAGCCAGUACAGCGGCGGCAUGAAGAGGCGCCUGAGCGUCGCCAUCUCCCUUAUAGGCAACCCCCUUGUUGUGUAUAUGGAUGAGCCCAGCACCGGGCUGGACCCCGCUUCCCGGAAGCUUCUGUGGGACGUAGUGAAGGCUGCCAAGAAGGACCGAGCGAUCGUGUUGACAACCCACUCCAUGGAAGAGGCUGAAGCUCUCUGCGACAGACUGGGCAUUUUUGUGAGCGGUCAGUUCGAGUGCAUCGGUAAUGCACGCCAGCUCACCACGCGUUACGGCGGGACGUAUGUGCUGACGCUUACCACGCCUCUGGAGGAAGAGGAGAACAUCGGGCGGGUCGUAAACUCCAUCUGCCCGAACGCGAAGCGGAUCUACAGCCUGGCGGGCACGCAAAAGUUUGAGAUGCCCAUGGCUGAGGUGGAAGUUGCAGAUGUGUUUGCGACGAUUGCAUCGGUGCGCGACCAAAUGUCGAUCAGGGCAUGGGGGUUCACCAACACCACUCUUGAAGACGUUUUUAUCAAGAUUGCCAAGACUGCGCAAGCUACACCAGUAUGA